UGUCAAUCUUUGAUCUUUGUUGCUUGGUGAUGGGUGAAGUAAAGUGACGUGGAGUGGAGUGGAGUGAGUUGCUCGAGAGAAGAGGGUGUGUUGGAGUGGAGGAGUUGGAUGAGAAGGAUUGAAAGGGGUAGACCAGUAAGGAGGAGACAGACAUACCUAAGGACUUGCGAAACUAUCUCAUCAUACAUCCCUCCAUCUGCAACUAUUAGCCCACCUCCGUAUGACAAAGUAUCCUCGCACCCAUGCGAACCAAGCAACAUACCUUCCUCACUCUCCAGCUCCGGGGGUUCAGCCCCCCAGAUAUACCCAUCCCCUCCCCACUCCCUACCUACCUAUUCGCCUCCCCCCUUCCCACGCCCGCCAACCGACCAUCAUGCCCCAAUUUACUCCCCAACCCGCCCAUCUCAGCAUACCCACACGCACACGCCAACGCCUUCAGCUCAGCUCGGCUACGUCUCCGGAAGCGGGCGGGGCGGGCCAAGGCGGAUGACUAGCAGGCGGAGUUUCCUGUUCGGGAGCGAUUGACGCGUCCGGGGGCGGCGAGCAGAAGGGGAGGCGGGCG